AUGGAGGCAUACAGGCCUGCGCGAAGAGCAAUUGUGCUGUGCCACGGUCUAUACGGUUUCGACAAGAUCGGGUUCCCGCAAAUUCCCGCUUUGAACUAUCAUUAUUGGGGUGGCAUUUACGAUGAUUUGACGAAGCUUGGUUGCACGGUUAUCGUCACAAAGGUGCCUUCCACCGGAUCGAUUGAGGAGCGGGCACGAACUUUGCACGAGUUUCUGGAGAAGACGGUAGAGAAGGGAACCGAAUUGAACUUCUUGGCGCACAGUAUGGGUGGACUGGAUGUUCGGCAUUUACUUGCGAACAUCAUCACGAAGGAGAAGGGAGCGAGUUAUCGACCCGUCAGUUUGACAACCCUAUCAACACCACAUCAAGGCUCUGCGUUCAUGGAUUGGUGUCGGGAUUAUCUGGGAUUGGGAAGGAUUUCGCGAAGUGAUAUACCACAGCAAAAACCAUCGCCAAGUCCGUCUAAUUCGCCGUUAAGUGCGACGGUCUUCACGGCGUCAUACCUUGCUCGCUUGCUGGACACGCCGGCCUAUGCCAACUUGACCACGAACUUCAUGCGUGAGGUCUUUAAUCCUCGGACUCCGGAUAACCCGAAUGUCAGCUACUUUUCUUUUGGUGCUCGCGUACCUGAAGCUCGCAAGAUCACUCUCUGGCAUCCGCUGUACCUUCCGCAUCACGUCGUCACCGAAAACGAGGGCCGCGACAACGAUGGACUUGUUAGUGUGAAGAGUGCGACGUGGGGAGAAUACAUCGACACUUUCGAGUGCGAUCAUUGGGACUUGAGAGGACGUCCUGGAGGUAAGGGCCUGGGUGAGAAGGGGAAGGAAGAGAUUCAAUUUGAGGUUUUGGAGAUGUACAGGGCUGUCUCGACAAUGUUACACAACCGUGGGUUCUAA